AUGAGUGACUAUGACAGGUUAAAAGUCGUUGUUGCUGGGGACUCGGGCGUCGGUAAAACCGCUUUUGUCCAUUUACUCUGCUAUGAAGAAACACUUCCCAAUCCCUCGUGGACAAUCGGGUGUAGUGUUGAGUUAUUGAUUUUUCCACGGCCCAGAUGCGUUGGCGAUGUUGGUAGCCGAAUUGGGCAAUCGAGGACGGCCGACGAGGAACGAUACUUUGUUGAAUUCUGGGACAUUGGGGGCCCGGCAAGUCAUGCCAACACCCGCUCCGUCUUCUACGACAAUAUCCACGGUGUUAUUCUGGUACACGAUCUCACUAACAAGAAGUCAGAGGCCAACCUGGACAAGUGGCUGACUGAGAUCACUUCAAAAGGACGGGCCUUUGAGGUUGUGUUCUACCCCACGGAUACUGAUCGGACAGGGUCACUUAACAUUGGUGUGAAAUCGCCCAUUCAGGCUCUCAUCUCAUCGUCUUCUUCUACCAUGAUGGCCUUGGCCAUCCCGCAACCCCAACCAUCUCUUAAGUCGUCAUUAUCAACACUGCCUCUCCCGGUUCUAGUGGUAGGGACGAAGUUGGAUCAAGUGCGACGUUCCACCUACUCCUCAACUUCCUACGUACCCCCUUGGUCUAGUGGUUGUCGGUCCACAUUACCCACCUUGUCGGGGUUCGCGGCCUCACGAGCAUUUCCUGAAAUCACUCUCAACUGUAAUUCUGCUGACAGCCUUGCUGAGAACUCGCACAAUGGCAGGACAAUUUCAACCUUUCUACAGCAGGUCGUUCGCUUCAAAAAAUGCAACAAAGGUGUCGGUAAGCGGGAUUCGUUGAAUGACAUCACUACUAUCCCCACGACGUCCUUGGUGGGCCAGAAUGUUGCACAACUUCCUUCCUUCGAACGUCGGUCCGGCGGCGCUGUCACCUACCGAAUGCCCAAUUUCUGA